AUGGACGUAGCCAGCUCCUUAGCGGUGGUGCAAGCAGUAAAGGGCGCUUUGGUGGUUCUAGCGGCACUGGGACUCACCGCUUAUAAGUGGUCGACCGACACAGUUGUCACAGAUGAUGCGGUGUACGACUACAUCGUGGUAGGGGCGGGGACUGCAGGUAGCAUCGUCGCCAACCGUCUCACUGAGAACCCAGAUGUCCAUGUGUUGCUAGUGGAAUCCGGUGGAGAUCCGCCCUUUGAAACCGAAGUGCCCGGCAUGUUCCCGUUCCUGACUAAAUCAGCUAUUGAUUGGAACUACGUUUCAGAGGACGAUGGUUACUCCGCACAGUACCACAGAAAUGGCUACCUUGAUUUACCUUCCGGCAAAGUUUAUGGAGGGAGCAGUUCCAUUCACCACUUCUAUUACGUGAGGGGACAUGCUAAUGACUAUAAAGCAUGGGUCGACGCGGCAGCUGACGAUUCGUGGUCUUGGGAAAAUCUAAUUCCAUAUUUUAAAAAGAGCGAAUGUCUAGUAGACCAGGAUAUCCUCAAUUCUCCUACUGGACAAUAUCACGGGACUAAUGGAUAUACGGUUAUAACAAGGGAGCUCAGGGAAAUAUCGCUGAAAUAUCUUGAAGCUUUUCAGGAAGUUGGAAACAAAGUCGUCGACGACAUAAAUACUGGGUACACCUUAGGAUUUACAAGGCCCAUGGUUUUUAUAGGUAACGGAAUUCGGCAGAGUAGUGCAGAGUCCUUUCUUUUACCUAUAAAGCAUCGAUUAAACUUGCAUUUAACGAAAGAAACAACUGUAGAUAAAAUUCUAUUUGACAACAAGAAAAAUGCUAUGGGCGUCCAAGUUUCAAGAAAUGGUAAAACUUUUAAUAUCUAUGCCCGCAAAGAAGUAAUCGUAUCAGCAGGUGCGUUCAACUCACCAAAACUAUUAAUGCUGUCUGGUGUCGGGCCAAAAGCUCAUCUCGAAAGUAUGGGAAUCGAAAUAGUUGCUGACUUGCCUGUAGGUGAAAGUAUGGAGGAUCACCUUGCCGUCGUAUUAGCUCAUAAAUUGAAGAAAACGGACGAAACUCCCAAACCCGAAAACCCAUCCGACUUUCCCAUUCCAACAUUUAUUGGUUUAGAUGCUUUGGACACAGAUCAGGGCUAUCCAGAUUAUCUCACACUGAAUUUGAUAUGCAGAAAUAAUCCUACAAAUUUACUGUUACUUUGUGCAACAGUUUUUGGUCUCCACAAUGACGUUUGUGAACAACUAGCUAAGGCUGGUCAAGGUAGAGAAAUCCUAGUCACGGUGUUAAAUGUAGCACGUCCAAUAUCACGAGGAAAGGUUUUGUUGCGUAGUAAGGAUCCUAAAGAUCCUCCAAGAAUUUACACAGGCUUUUUAUCAAAUAGCACUGACUUGGAGAAUAAUGCAGCGUACAUUGAAAAGUUUAUUAAAGUGACAGAUUCCAGUUAUUUCCGCAAUAUUGGCGGUGAGACAUUGCACUUCGAUUUGCCGAACUGCAAAGGUUUGGAAAAGAACACGCGGGAUUAUUGGAAAUGCUAUGUUUUGAACAUGAUGGACACAACUUUCCACUAUAGUAGCACCUGCCGCAUGGGUUCAGUAUUGGAUGGUGAACUGAAGGUACUAGGAGUGAAUAAGUUGAGAGUUGUCGAUGCUAGCUCAAUGCCGAAUACAGUUAGUGCGAAUAUAAACGCCGCAGUCAUGGUACUGGCUGAAAAAGCUGCUGAUUUGAUAAAAAAAGAAUCUGACCAAUAUAAUGUUGGUCAUUGCGUAACAUAG